AUGUUGACUGUUGCUUUUGAUGAGUCUACUAUGAGUAAAACAAGAGUUUACGAGUGGUACAAACGUUUCAAAGAGGGCCGUGAAGACGUUGAAGAUGACGAUCGCCCUGGACGCCCUAGCACAUCAAUAACCGACGAUAACGUCGAACAGGUGAAGAAAAUGAUUCUGGAAAAUCGCCGAAUCACUAUCAGAGAGAUUGCUGAUGAUGUCGGCAUAUCAUUCGGCUCAUGCCAAGCAAUUUUUUCGGAUGUUUUGGGCAUGAAACGUGUGGCAGCAAAGUUUGUUCCGAAAUUGCUGAAUUUCGACCAAAAACAACAUCGCGUAGAUAUCGCUCAGGAAUUGCUGAAUGAAGUCAACAACGAUCCAGAACUUCUCAAAACGGUCAUAACAGGUGACGAAACAUGGGUAUAUGGGUAUGACGUCGAAACCAAGGCCCAAUCAUCCCAAUGGAAGCUGCUUGAAGAGCCAAGACCGAAAAAAAUUCGACAAGUUCGAUCAAAUGUGAAGGUUCUUCUCACUGUUUUUUUCGAUUUUAAUGGCGUAGUGCAUCAUGAGUUCCUGCCAUACGGUCGUACGGUCAAUAAGGAAUACUACCUGGACGUUAUGCGCCAUUUGAGUGAGCAAUCUGACGAAAACGCCCAAAAUUAUGGUAAAACCACUCGUGGAAAUUGCAUCAUGAUAAUGCUUCCGCUCACACCUCACUGCUUAUUCGAUUUUUUGGUAAAAAACAAAACCGUUAUUUUGCCUCAGCCACCGUAUUCACCGGACAUGGCUCCCUGUGACUUCUUUCUAUUCCCGAAGCUGAAGAGAACCCUGAAGGGAUGA